UUUAAAAGCUGGAUGAUUCUGAUUAAUAAAUUUACUAUUGUAAUUCAUUUCAUUAUCCAUAAAUUGACCUUCUUGCCUGUGAUAUCAUCCUCUUUGAUUAUAAUUAGUUCGCCUUUGAUUGUUUUCAGUGUUGAAUCUGUUUUUUAACCUGGAGUUGGAAACUACAUGAAUUCGAUGUAAUGUUUUCUCUAAUUGCUUGAAGUUUUGUGAAAUUCCCGUUGCAACUAUUAGUCGAAUUUGUUCAGAUGAAGGCAAUGACCAUCCUUCUGUUGUUCCUGAUCCCAGCAACAUUGAUGUACAGACUGACAGACUUGACAAAGACAGCAGGAAUAAUUCCGAUUAAAAUAGGACAAUCUAUGCUCAUUAAUGACACAUACAAAGUUAUCCAUUUUACUAACUUGACUGACCUUAAAAUACAAUCUUUGAAAUUACAGACUCAUAUUAAUAAUCUGCAAGUCGCUUACAUAUCCUCUGACAUUAUUGAAUCCUUGAAGAAAAUUUCACUCAACCAAUAUUUUAAAUUAGAAAUGAUUUCUGAAAAUAAAAAUAAAAAGGUAAAACAUGGACUAAUGAACGGAUUAGGAAACGCCAUAUCAUGGUUGACAGGACUUAUGACUGCUGACGACAAAGAACACCUCGACAAAGUUAUUGAUAAAAUAGGAAAUAAUGAAUUACAUCUUGUUAAAAGUGAAGAACAUAAUUUUGAAAUGAACCAUGAGUUAAUUAAGAAAUUUAAUUUCGAUGUUGAGCAUAUUAAUUCAAAUAAUAAAGCAUUCGAAAAUAUUACUAACGAAACUGCCAAUAUUGUCAAAAAUAUAUGCAAGCUGUUGACUUAAUUACUUUGACUAUACAAUUGUUGGAUGAUGAAAUAAAUGAUGUUGUUAACUCGUUGAUGUAUUGCAAAGAAGGGAAACUUCAUCCAUCAAUUUUGAGCUUUGAUGAUUUUCGUAGGUUAAUUGAUUAUAAGAAUUAUUCAUUAGCUAGUAGAGAUUCCAGUAUUUUAUGGGAGAUUAGUAAUAGCACUUUUAUUUUAUCGAAAUCUGUUAUAACUUACAUUAUCCAUUUACCAAAAUUAAACAAUUUAUUUGAAAAAUAUGACCUUCUGUCUUAUCCUGUUGAAAUGGAAUCAAAUGUUCACACCAUGAAAUUAAAGAAAUUAAAAGAAAAAUCGAUAUCUGUGUCUCAAAACAAAAAGCUUUGGAAAUUGACCAAUUGUCAAAAAUUCUCUUCUAUUUAUUUUUGUACUUCAGGAGAAAUUAUACAUGAUAACUGUAUUUUGUCUGUAGUAAAUAAUAAGGAUUUGGAUAGUUGUGUAAGAAUAGAAAUAAUUAAUGAUAGACCAUUUAUGAAUUAUUUCGAAAAUUGUAAUUGUAUUUUAGGAUAUAAGUUUGAUCAAAUUAAUAUCAAUAAUGGCACUAUAAAUACUCCCUCAUCUUUCCUUAUCAAUCUGGAUAUCAAUGAUAAAAUGACAGAUGUAAAAUUACUGUUUUCUUCAGUUACCACAUAUGCACAAAAAUUAAGUCAUGUACCAAAUAAAAUUCAUACUAAACUUAUCAAUUUGAAAGAUGUUAGUGAACUUGAUGAUAUUGAACCUAGAGAUUUUGAUUUUAUAAAUUUUGAAGAUUCUUUCGUCCUUAAGACAUGCCACAUUGUAAUUUUUGUUUUAAGUACAUUUAUACUUCUUGUAAUUUUGAUAAUCGUUUAUUACAAAUUUAAGAAGCUAACCAGUGUACUAAAUUACCGAAUUGAUACACAAGUACCAAUAUCAUCAACCCCUACCAUAAGCUAUAUUGUACCACCUAGAAAUUAGAUCUAAGUUAGUAAACUUUAAUUUGUAACUUAAUUUUAAUUUUUGUAAUUUUUGAGUGUCCCAAAUUUAUUUUUCGGGACGAAAAAAACUUGAGGAGGGAGGAAUUAUGUAAACCUAAACAAUUAUUGAUGUGCUGACUACUAUUUUUGUCAGUACCACUUAGUGUCGCUCUCAGCGCGCUCAUUUUAGUUAGUCUACU